AUGCGCCCUCUGCGACCACUCCUCCCGUCAGCCACACGACCACGAAACGAACCCCUUCCGCCGCUGCCGCGAGACCGCGUCGCGUCGGCCUGCGAUCAGUGUCGAGUACGGAAGAUACGAUGUAACGGAGACCGUCCCGUGUGUCUCGAGUGCACCAAACGCUCCACCUCGUGCCACUAUGCGACUCGCUCAGCGGAAACCCAAGGCCAAGCGCUGAAGCGAAAAUACGACGCCCUGCACGCUGAAAACGAAGCCUACUCCGAACUCUUCAAUCUCAUAAAGACAAGGCCAGACGAUGAGUCGCUCGAGAUCCUGCGCCGCAUCAAGACAGGAACUGACGUCAAGGAUGUACUCAGGCGUAUCAAAGAGGCAGACUUGCUCAUGCAGCUCAACCCGUCAAAUCCGGAACCGGAUGUCAAGCACCAAUAUACCCUCCCACUUGUCUCGGGUAUUCCUGCACACUUGCUCAACCCGGAUCCAGAAUACUACCAUGCCUUGUCUGCCGCUGAGCCCGCUACUGCCGUUGCCGCUGCCGCUACCGGUGCCGAGCAGAGCAAAGCCGCUUCCUCAGCUGAUUGUUGA